AUGCAUCAACGGCAAGAACAACAACAUCAGGAGCAACAGAUAAACGAAACACAACAUGUACAUUCGAACUCGGCCAAUUCACCCCAUGCGAUUUUGACACGUUCGGAUUCGACUACGACAGUUAUUUUGGAGGAAGAGGAGACUCGUACAUGUCGCCGGACUGGUCCCCCAACUCUUUCAUCUGCAGCAUGGGCGAGCCUCAGUUUUCAACUACGUUCCUUCCUGAAGACAAGUGGCCUAUUUAACAAAGAUUUUGAAUCAUCUGAGAAGUUGAACGAGCUAUUUGCAAAUGGUAAUGAAUUUUCUCUACAAAAAUUAUUAAGUGAAGUUGGUGCUAAUGAUACAAAUAUUGAUAUGAAUGAAUUAAUAAAAUUUGAUUCAACAAAAUUUCCCGAUUCACGAACACUUAGUGAAUUUUUACGAUCUGAAUCAUUUGAUCAACUAAUCGCAUCAGCGAUAAAUAAUACAGAUGUUUCAUCAAAUCCACCUGCAAUUGCUUGUUCAACAACAUCAUUUUCUGAACUUCGACCUGUAUCACCUGAAUUAACAACCAAUAAUAUAUAUCACACAGAAUCCGAUCAAUUAAAACCCGAAUCCAAUAAUGCAUUACUUUAUACUCAAAUGAAUUCAUUUGAUUCAUUAACAUCAAUGACAGAUCCUUCACAAUAUGAUUUUAAUCAAGGCGCACUAAAUGCUUUUGAACAUGAUCAUGCUUUUCUCUCUAAACGAGCACCGAUUAUUGAUACACCAAAAACAACAAAUUCUAAACGAACACCUGUACGUGGAUCUCGUCGAACAUCAUCACGACUCCAAUCACGUGCUGUAUGUUUAACAUCACCAGAAAGUACCUCAACAAACACUAAACAUUCUCGUAAUGUCAAUCGAGCAACAGAUAUUAAAACAUCUGAUGAUUUAUCAUAUUAUUUGGAACGACGUCGAAAAAAUAAUGAAGCAUCAAAAAUGUCUCGAGCUGCUCGAAAACAAAAAUUUGGUGAUAUGGAUCAUCAAUGUGAAGAGUAUGAACGUGUUAAUGCUGAACUUCGUAUGAAAAUUGCAACACUUGAAACAGUAACAGCUACACUGAAAAGUGGACUUGUUAAUAAUUUCCAACGAAAACCUGGUGUUUAA